AUGACUUGGGGAUGGCGAAAGAUUUUAUCUAUUCGUCAUAUUAUCCGGCCUCACAUCUGGUCAUCUAUUCGGAGUGGUAUCCAAACUAACGUUUGGAGUGAUAUGUGGUGUUCUCUAAGUCCGAUUAGUGCAUUUAUUUCUCCUCGGGCCAUCGCCAAUGCCGGGUUCUCGUUACAAUCUUCUGUUGCGGAUGUUAUUGACCACAAUGGUCACUGGAAGUGGCCGCAAGCAUGGCUGGAUCUUUAUCCGGUUUUAAUCACGCUUUCAGUCCCAAACCUUGUUUCUGGUACCGUGGAUCGUUUGGAGUGGAAGGAUUUGAAUGGCAAAUUGUGCGACUUCCAAUCGGCUCAGGUUUGGAACACCAUUCGGAGUAGGGAGAAUCAGGUCAUGUGGUCUAAUAUGGUGUGGUUCGCUCAAUGCAUUCCGAGGCAUUCGUUCCAUUUAUGGCUGCUGUUUCGUAAUAAGUUGAAAACACAGGACCGAUUGACAGUUUGGGAAGCAGGUAGUCUCACAAACUUAAACUUGAUGGCCUGUCCGUUAUGUUACGCGGAUCGUGAGAGUCGAGAGCACUUGUUUUUCCGUUGUUCUUUUGCGGAUCAAGUGUGGAAUAAUGUUAAGACUUUCGGUCAGUUGGGGAGUGUUGAUAACUCGUGGGAUUCGCUUGUUAUUUGGGUGGAUCAGAAUUCCAGCUCGAAGAAAGCGGAUCACGUUAUUUGUAAGUUGCUGAUUGCUGCGUCCUCGUACUACAUCUGGCAAGAGAGGAACAACAGAAUCUUUAAAAAUCAGAAGCGAACGGUAGAUCAAGUGAUUGAGGUAAUUAAAAAUUCGGUUCGGUUCCGUUUGAUGGGAUUCAGAUUUCGGCUGGUUUCAACGAAGAAAAGGAUUUUCAAGUUGUGGAAGAUUGAAGAAAAUGAAGAUAAUGUGGCGCGUCCAGGCUAA